CCGUGGAAAUGCCUGUUUUGUGAAGCCCAGAGGUCAGAUGAGCGUCUCCAGCCGUCCUGUGUGAUACUCUACCCUGUCUGUGCGAUGGAGACACGGGGGCUCUGCGGCGUCCUCUACUAUCUGAUGCUCAAUGCGCCCCUUUUGUUGUGUGUGAACGCCACGUUCACCGAGGUUCCCCGGGACGUGAGCGUGAGCGAGGGGGAGGACAUCGAGAUGCCGUGCGCCUUCCGGGCCGCGGGUUCGACGCCCUUCUCCUUGGAGAUCCAGUGGUGGUACCUGAAGGAGGCAGGAGCCCGAGAACUGGGGUCGGAGCUCCAAAUGAUCCCUCCUGGGAACAGACCUAAGGUCCCACCCCGUGACGCAACCAAAAUAAGUACCGUGAGGGUCCAGGGCAAUGCCAUCUCUCAUAGACUGCGUCUCUCCAACGUACGUAAGGUGGACGAGGGGGUGUAUGAAUGCCGUGUAUCGGGCAACAAUGCCGACGAAACUCAGGAGCACAAGGCCCAGGCCACCCUGCGGGUGAUCCCACGCGACGGCAUGGUGGCCGAGGAGGCCGUUUCCCACAUACAGAAACCCUGGCCUGUGUGGGGCGGCGCCAUUGCACCCGGGGGCCGGGCGACCUCCGAGCCAGGACAGGGGAAGCCCCGUGCCCCCCAGCCGGUGGGGCCGGGCCCCGCCCCCGUAUCCACCGUCACUACGGCCUCUGCAGCAAAGUCGUCGGCUUCGCCCCGGCCUGGCAACGCAGCCAUCCUCAGACAGCAGCACGGAGCCGGCUCCAGCGCCACGGCCUCCACGGACCCACUGCUCUGCGUCACCCUGUUGGUCUUGCAUAAGCUCCUCCCCUUCCUGGUGGCCCACUGAGAGACUCCUGCCAGUACAACCCCUCACAACUUUACCGCCCAGCAAACCAAACAAAAGGCAAAGGAAAGAAUAGAGAAGAGCCACGCAGCACACCCGUGCAGGGUCAAGCAGAGACAGACUUUAAGGGGAGAAGGAGCGGCGAGCGUCCCACCUGGACUCGAGGACACCUUGCCACGCAGCCGGAUAUAAAAUGGAUUGUAUACGAAGCAUGACAAAAAAUAAAGGAAUCUUUGUGAAUACGAGCUUCACACUUGUGUUACACACAGCUGACA